AUGUCAGCAAGUUACUGGUUACCAUGGUGGCUAACAGCCAUGCUUGUCAUUCUAAGCAUGAUAUUGAAUCCUAGCAGAUCACAGUCAAUAGUCAACAGUAGCACCAUUAACAUACCAAUUAGAUCUUUCUGUGGUCGGGUUGCUGUGAUCUCUCAAUCGGAAUUUUCCACCAAUCUCAACUCCACUCUUGCUGCACUCAGAAGGGAUUUAUCGGUAAAUGGUUCAUAUUUUUCCAGAGCCCAGACCAUAGGGGAUGCAGAUUCAGUUUAUGGUACAGCCCAAUGCAGGCACUACCUCACAACAGUCCAGUGCCUGGCUUGCUUCGAUAGCGGGGUGUCUACAUUGGCUGGUUGCACUAGCGGGAACGGUGCAUAUGUUAUUCUUGACGACUGUUUUAUCAGGUGA